GCGAUGCAAUUUCAGAGAUAUUAACCCUUUCCGUAAAACACAUCAUCUCUCGAUUUCCCCUCUCAAGUGCCCGCGCCAAAAAUGAAACCCUAAAUCUUGAAAUGGAGCCAAAUUCUAUAGUCUCUCUUUUGCCUUAACAGUUAAUAAUCACCGAUUGUGCCCAGAGUUCGACGGAGAGUUUGAAUUGCAGCGGUGGUGGGACGAUAAGAGUAUCUUUAUCGCCUUGUACUGGUCUUCCGAAACUGACAGGUUCCCAGAAUUGGAAGUAUAUGUAGUUGCCUUGCGUUGCAUCCACAUAGAAAGUUAUGGUUAAGCGGAGGUGUAACUGUGGGUUGAGGAAAGCUGGGAAAAGGCGUCGUAAGGUGGAAGAUACUUCAUCUACUACUGACAGGUUAAGCCAUCUUCCUGAACCCAUUAUUUAUCACAUUCUUUCGUUCCUCGAUACCAAAUCCGCCGUUCGGACAUCUAAGUUGUCCCGAUCAUGGAGUCGCGUGUGGAAGCAUGUCCCUGUCCUUGAUCUGCGUAGUAGUGCCCUCCGAGGGCUUGUGCGUCUUGAAAAAUUUGUGUGCAAGGUCCUGUCACUCCGCUAUGACCUCAAUGUCCGCAAGGUUAGCUACAUUGAUGAUGUAGGCUAUGGGUUUCAAAGACACGAGAGCAUGAUGGUGAGGGUCAUCAAAUAUGCUUUUUCUCAUCGGGUUCAACAUCUAGUGGUUGACACCGGAUAUGACAGCAAUCAUGAUGAUACUCACAGAUUCUCCUUUUUGUUUGGACCAAUCAAGAAUUGUGAUCAUCUGGAAACUCUAGAGUUAGGAUCUGUAACCCUUGACAGUGGAUUUGGGUAUUCUGGUUUCCGAAUGCUGACAACGUUGAAUGUGAGGGCGUGCAUGUUGGAUACUGAUCAGGGGGAUGAUCUUGAUCUCUUUUGCAACUUUCCUUAUCUGAGGAAUUUGAUAUUGUCUGACUGCUUCCUUCCUUGCACAAAAAGUGAAGGGAAUCUGAGGGUAUGUGGACCUGAAUUGGUUAACCUGGAAUUGAAUGCCAUGGAUCAAUUCAAGAUUGAAAUUUUCACUCCGAAACUCACAUACUUGAACGUUCGUCAAGACUUGGACUCCCUCGGAUUCUCCAAGUUAACCCUUCCUUCCCUAGAUCAUGCAGAUAUUGGGAUGCUCAAAGUCCCAGGGUAUGAUUCUGACAAAUUUAAGGCACAGAUGCAACAAAAUUUGACCUCCUUGUUCCAUGGUGUGCAUAAUGCAAGAUCUUUGAAGCUACAUGGCUUUAGUGUUGAGAUAGUGGAUGAUGUUUGUGAAUUUCUGAAACAACAGCCACCCCCCUUUAAGAGAUUGGAGUGCUUGAUCGUGGGAUCCGAUAGUCUACCAAAGGAACUCAUUGAUUGCUUUUUUAAAGGGUCUUCUUGUCAAGAGCCAUCUAUUGUUUAUGAUCUGUAAGCAGACAGUAGCUUACAUUUGUUGUCCACAUUUAAGUACUAGUUAGAACGGGAGGGGAAAAACUCUGUUUUGUUGAGGAAGGCGUAAUCUCUUCUUACCAGUGCCAUUGAAUGUCCAGUAAAGUCGUCGUUGACAACUUUGCCACAGUUUCUGAUUUUGAUAAGCUGAUCUCAGUUGACUUGACACAAUUCUUCUGCUGUAAGAUGAGUUACUUCACAAGCAAGGUUCCUCCCGUGCCAUCGGCUAGGGAAUAUUGAUGAUGGAGACCCACCAUGGCUAGAGAGCUACCUUGAGAGUUGAGAGAAGUAAGAAAAGGGCCAAACAUUCACAUCAAUUUCGAGUUUGAGGGCUACAGUGCUACACCAUGGUGAUCCUUAGUGAGUGGUGAAUGGUGAUGACAGCCAAGAAAAUUAAUUUGCGCUGAGAGUCGAAGUGAGGGUGCUUCUCAUUCGUUGGGCUCGGGAACACUGAUCUUCCUCGAGGCAUGGUUAGGUCAGCUACCUCCAGAGAGGGAUGAUAAUGGGUCAGGUUGGGUCUCAAAUCCAACUCACCAGGGUGCACCCAUUAAAAAAUUCGGUAAAAUACCCGUUGAGUUUUAGAAGUUAAAAUCCAACCAAACUCAAUGGGUAUCCAUGAGUUCACGAACAUAAUUAUAUCUUAUUUCUUCCAACAUCGAUAUUGUAAUGUUAUCGAAAAUUUCC